AUGGCAGCACAAUCUCCGAGCGGCCAGAAGCCGAAGGUACAACCGUGCCGAUAUAAGACUGGAAAGACACUGGGCGCUGGCUCGUACUCUGUCGUGAAGGAAUGUGUGCACAUCGAUACCGGUCGCUAUUAUGCGGCCAAGGUAAUCAACAAGCGCCUAAUGUCUGGGAGGGAACAUAUGGUCCGUAAUGAGAUCGCAAUAUUGAAGAAGGUGUCGAUGGGUCACCAGAAUAUCCUCACCCUGGUCGACUACUUUGAGACGAUGAAUAACUUGUAUUUGGUUACUGAUCUCGCGUUGGGCGGGGAGCUAUUUGAUCGCAUCUGUCGCAAAGGCAGCUACUACGAGUCAGAUGCUGCAGACCUCAUCCGCGCAGUGCUCUCUGCUGUAGCCUACCUUCAUGAUCACGGCAUUGUGCACCGUGACCUGAAACCCGAGAACCUGCUUUUCCGCACUCCAGAAGACAACGCCGAUCUACUGAUCGCCGAUUUCGGAUUGUCAAGGAUCAUGGACGAGGAGCAGUUCCACGUCCUGACCACCACCUGUGGAACGCCAGGAUAUAUGGCACCCGAGAUCUUUAAAAAAAGCGGCCACGGCAAGCCAGUCGAUAUUUGGGCCAUCGGCGUCAUCACAUACUUCCUGCUGUGUGGAUACACGCCUUUCGACAGGGACUCUAAUCUCGAAGAGAUGCAGGCAAUUCUAGCGGCAGACUACUCCUUCACUCCACUCGAGUACUGGCGCGGAGUAUCGCAGGAAGCGCGCGAGUUCAUCAAGCGCUGUCUGACAAUUAACCCACAGUCCCGGAUGACCUCCCAUGAAGCACUCCAGCACCCAUGGGUCAACCCGCCCUACGAAAAUGCCCCGGUGGGCUCUGGUGAAGAUCUGCUGCCAACCGUCAAGAAGAACUUCAAUGCCCGCCGUACGCUGCACCGUGCUAUUGACACCGUGCGGGCUAUUAACAAGCUCCGUGAGGGCGGUGGUUUCAUGAUGGACGGCAGCAUGAGUGUCGAUCCUAAGCCGGAGCGAGUCAACGGCGAUGAGAUCAUCGAGGAACGGAACCAUGCGCUGCCUGCAAUGGCGGAUGCUGGUCUUGGUGGUGGGAGUCAAAUGCAGAUUGAUAGUCGGGGCAAUGCGCGUGGGCAGACUGAGGAGCAGAUCCGGGCUCAGGAGCGUCGAGUCAAGGAAAUGGUUGCCGGGUUAUGGAGCCGCACUGGACGUUAA